AUGAUGCUUUCCGCACGUCUGCUCCCCGUCGUCGCUUCGGGUCGCCAGUACGGCGAUAGUCGCAGGGAGAAGGGCGGGACGGGCACAAGGUCGCCCGAUCGCGGCGGCGGCGACGAGUCCGACUGGAUGCAGAAGGCUCGCAAGCUGGCAAACAAGCGCGCGUCUCAAUUUCGCAGGGAGCGCGGCGCUCAGCCCGUGGCACCCGCGCAGUGGCGUCGCAAGCGCAAGGGGGAGAAAGGGGACGAGUACGGGUACGUCGAGGCUGCUCGCGGUUACGACGACAUCCGCAAGGUUGCCGACGACAAGGACGAGUUGACGGCCACCGCCGGGGACGGGCUCUGGCGCGUGGACUUCGGUGACCUCGCCGAGGAGGACUGGGGUUCCCAGUGGACGAUGACGCAGGACGAGUGGAAGUCGGUCGAGAGGCUCGCGAAGGAGACCAGCGAGCCCCUGCAGGCGCUCCAGGUUUUUGAAGACGCGGGCCUUCGUCGCGUGAACCCGGACAUCUCGGCAGGAAUGCUUAAGAUCAUCGCAGACAAGGCGAAGAGCGCUCGCGUCGAUCGCGAAGAACUCUCUGGAAUUCGCCGCGACUCCCGCGUUGCCCACCUCCUGGGAAUGUGCGUGGCUGCGGCGCGACGCGGUUCGGAUGCUCUCUCCCCCGUCUCCGUCGCCAACGCGGCGUGGGCUGUUGGGGUUAUCUCGACGGAGAGGGCCAACUCGGCAGAGAUGGAGGUCCUCGCCGCCCGCGCCGCGCAGGUGACCGAGGACAUAUCCAAGCGCGGUAUCGCAGACUUGGCGUGGGCGUUGGCGUCGUGCCGUCACGCCUCCGAGGAGUUAUUUCAGCAGAUUGGUAUUCGCGCGGCUGUCACCGGCCUGAAGGGAUUCAAGGCUUUCGACAUCUCCACUCUCGUGUACGCCUUCGCCCAUCUCGGUCACGGCGCGGACGGCUUCCUCGAGGGCCUCGACCAGUGGUUCGCCGGCGGCGCCGAGGAAGAUGUCGGCAAGGAGGCGGCCGACGCCAACGCCGCGAAGAUGGCCGCGUCCUUCACCGCUCAUCCCCUCGUCAACACCGCGUGGUCCCUCGCCGUCAUCGGAGGCGACGCGCUGCGCUCCCGCGCGUUCGCCGCGCUCUGGGGUGAGAUUUGCGCUCGUGGCGAGGCAGCCGCGGCGGAGGGAGCGACGGUGGACCCCUCUCUCGACGGUGACCGCAUCCAGUACGGGUCCUGGAAGGGCAAGAACCUCAACCAGAUCAACCAGGCCAUCGUGGCGGUUGAGUCCGCGGGCGGCGCGGAGGCUUUGGCCCUGAGACCCGCUCCCGACUCGCUCACAGCCGCCGCCGAGAGCGCGUGGAUGGCUCAGCGCCGCCCCCCCGUGGUCUCCUGGUACCAGCGCGACGUCGCGUCGAUCCUUUCCUACAUGGGCGAGAAGCACGAGGAAGAAGCGGUCUGCGGGGGCUACAGGGUUGAUCUUCUCGUGCCGAACCCCGUGGGUGUGCCACAGCAAUCCGGAGGUAUCGCCAUCGAGGUUGACGGCCCCUCGCACUUUGCACGCAACGACCCCGAGCUCGCGCUCGGGCAGACUCGACUGAAGCACCGUCAGUUGCGGCAUCUCGGCAUGUCGGUGGUGUCCGUGUCCGUCGCUGAGUGGGAGUAUCUGGAGUCAGCCGAGGAGAAGGUGGAGUACCUGCGUGAAAAGAUGGCGACUCCUGCGGCAUGAUGA